AUGGCGCGGAGACCGCUCAUUGCGGUCGAUACGCACGGGCCCUCAAGACCCUCGCAGUCCUACGGAACGAUCUCCGGCGAGUCGCCUUCGACGCUGCGUGCGAGCCCGGAACGCUACCGGAGAGACAGCUGGCUGGACCGCGUGCCGGAGGAGACGACUGUCGAUGGAGAAGAGGAGAUUGCGGACCAGGAGCGAGACGAGUGGGAUCUCGCGGAGUAUGGCUAUUAUAGCGGCUCCUACCCAAGGAAAGUGGCCGUCUACGGCCUCGUCCCUUUGACUUGUAUAGUCACUUUCCUUCUACUCGCCAACCUCGUACGGUGGAUAUGGCCGCCACGCUAUCCCGCCUCGCCCACCCUCCCGCGCUCCUUCCCUUCACCUCUCCCCGAAAUCCUACUAUCCGCCGCAUUCUAUAGCUUCACGCACGCGCUGCGCGUCCCACUUUACAACGCGGCCACAGCCUUAUUCCCUUCCGGCUGGAACACAGUCGCGUUCAACACCACAUACGUGUUGCUCAGCCAGGUUCUACGCCUAGCGGCGCUCGCGCUGCUCCGGGUGCGGCACGAGAUGCUCUACCCCCUUCCGACUUGGAAUGAUCCCGCAUUCACCACGGCAUGGUGGCUCGCGCUUGGUUGGGCGGUCGCAGACGCGGCGACGAGCGUGACGCAGGGGUACCGGCAGCUCGCGCUGUACAGUAACGUCAUGGUGCCCGAGGAGCGGGUACGCGAAAUCUUAGCCGUGUCGAGGGCAGCCGUUAUGACCGAGCGGAGCGCGAGUGGCGGGAGUGCGCACGGGAGCAGAGAGUACAUGCCCCUAAGCCCCCGGAACGAGCGGGAGGCCACGGGAACGGAGGGUACCGCGACCCCGAAGGCUAACGGCAGCCAGAGGCGGAGAGAGCCCGUGAGCGUGGAGGAGGCGGUGCGGAUGGCCGUCGACCAGGACGUGGAGCAGCUUAUGCAUCUCCAGGAGCGCGAAGAGCUCGAGGAGGUGUAUGGCGUCCCCGUGAUCUACAUCCCCGUGUUCGUUCCGUGUCUGCAGCGGAUCGACUCCUUCCUGUUUUCGCUGGGCUUCACGCUCGUCCUGGCAUGGGCGUACCUCCGCUCGCCACUGUCGUUCCCCAUCGGGACUGAUCCUCUACCGACGAUCUACUCAAAUCACGCACUGGGCAUCGCGUUCCCCGUGGUCGUUCUCGCACACCUAUUCUUGUCGCUGCUGCAUUCGCCGCCCGUGCUUCCCCGAAUCGGCGUCCACACGACAGCGUACGUCGGGCUGCUCGUCGGGCUCGGCGGAUUCUUCACUGGGCUCGGGCUUUGGGGCGCCCUCUCAUGA